UUUUACCCAAUUUGCGGAAAAGGGAUCAUUAUUUUAGCCCUGUAAUAAAAAAAAAUACAAACCUUGUUACCACCCAUGCUCGAAGAUCCAGCGUACUUUGCGGGCGCUCCCAAUGAGAAUGGUUACUACCCUAAGAAGAAGUCUGUUUACACGACAGCUCGACGACAAUGUUACUGAUUACUCGACAGCUCGAAGAAGUUUUGACGGAAAAGCUCAACAACAAAGCCUACAUGAAGGCUCCAAAAAGAAAGACAUUUUCAAUAUUCUGAUCUCUUUCGUUAAAAUGGUUUAAUCGUGUUUUACAAAAGAACGGAAAUAGACCCUUCAGGCGUUCUUUCCAGUGUCCUACCGUUGCUAAGAGCCCACUUAAAGUGUCAAUCAAAAAAAAAAUACUUACUCUCAACUGUACAUUUAACCAACCAGCGCAAAAUAAUUGGCUCUGAGCUAACUCUUUCAUCGGUGAAGGCCGAAGCUAAGACGAAGUAUGAGUCCAAAGAUCUCGGAGGUGUUAACAUAUUUUGCCGUUAUAUUGACAUUGGCCAAAGUCACGUGGGCGUUUCGCGGAGAAUUCUCACGGGCUUCCACAUUUAGUACAGUGGAAAACCACAUUUUAGUCGCCGACAGUGUCACUACUCGGCAGACGUACGAUAUCCUGUCAUGCGCACAAGCCUGCCUCAGUGUUACGCCCUGUAAGUCGUUCAACUUUGGAGGUGUCCCACAUGGUUUGUGUGAACUGUACAACCUGACCAAAGAGAGUAGGGGACUGGUGUACAUGCACGGUUCCGUCUAUGGUGAACUUCAAAACGUCACGGUUCCGGAAUGGCCAGAAGAACCUACACUACCCUCUGAGCCCAUCCCCGUUGGUGUGUACACAUUUACAACGUUGGGCGCGGUGGGUAAAGAUGGUCCUUCCGAAACUCUCGGUUACACAGGGACCCCACUCGAGGGGAAGGUCGUUCUCUCUGCUGGUAUCCAGAAGUGGCUCGUCCCGAGGACCUCCACCUACGUCAUCGAAGCAUAUGGUGCCUCAGGCGGAAAUGGGACCUGUAAUAGUGGUGUUGGAUGCAACAUCGGGGCCUGGAAACUAGGCGGACUUGGCGCGCGAAUUAAAGGGACAUUUUCAUUAGUGAAAGACCAGAAGAUACAAAUCUUGGUCGGCCAAAAGGGUCAACAUACGGUUAGUUUCCAAACCCGAGCAGGGUCGGGAGGUGGGGGGACAUUUGUCGUCAAUAAGAGUGACGGGUCACCAUUGCUUGUCGCCGGAGGGGGAGGGGGUGGUGGCCAAUCAAUGGCGGGUUUCACAGACGGGGAUCCCGGACAAGCCUCUACUAACGGCAGUCGCUGCGGGGGGUCUGGUGGACAGGGAGGCAGGUUGUGUACCGCAGAUCUCGUAAUAGUAUCGUCUGGAGUGAUGGGUGGGGCAGGGGCGGGGUUAAACGGAAAUGGAAAGGCUGGUGCCAUGGCAGAUGCAAUGAGUUUUACAAAUGGCGGUGCGGGUUCUCCGGGAAUGGACGUUACCUGCAAUGGGGGGUUUGGUGGGGGAGGAUUUGGACUUGCAAGCCCUGGGGGAGGGGGCGGGUAUUCUGGUGGCGGCAUAGUAGGGACUGCAACAAGUGGUACCGCAGGGGGAGGGGGGUCAUUCAAUAGCGGGACAUCUCAGGAAAACACGCCUGGUGUUAACAAUGGCGACGGAAAGGUUGUGAUCAAAGAGUUCUAAAGCAGGUGAUCAAACGUUUUCAACUUUUUUAUAUUAACCCUUUAUAUCAGGAGGUAUGAUGUCGGGCUACAACAUAUGGCUGGGCUGUGAUCCAGAUGUGACAGCGAUAGAAUAAUUAAGUUUUAUUAUCACUAGUAGGUUUUUGCUUUAAUGUGUAUAAUGUCUGCUUUAUGUUGACCCCACCUGUGAUUCAGACUGCUUACUCAAUUGGUGAAUAAACUACUAUUAUUAUUA